GGAAUGUAUUAUACACUUGUCCUACGUUUCCCCGCAUACAUAGUACUACGAAGCCGAAAAAAAUCAUUUAUUUUAUUUGCGUCAUAAAGGUCAUAAAAUUGUUUUGUCACUCUGGAUAUCGGAUGUUUAACUGCUGUCGCAAUAUUUGGCGUCCGCGUCACUUUUAUCUUACGAAUGCUUUAUCUUGUCUUUCUAAAUAUACUCCUGUUUAUUGGUUGCUAUAUAGCUGGAUGCGUACCUAUAUCUUUCAGAAUACCUGUAUCGAAAAUUCGUAUACUAACUGUUUUUGGUGCUGGUCUACUUUUGGGCGCUGCAUUAGUUGUGGUCAUUCCUGAAGGCAUUGCAGUCAUUUGCAGCUCACAUAAACAUCAACAUUCAAACCUUAUUUCGAAUAAAGAUAACCACUUAAAUCUGCCUAAUUCACGUAGAUUGAAUAUGAUAGAUACAAUAGAAUCAACAAAUGAAAAAAAUCUUCCAUCCGUAAUAAAUAAAGACAAUGAUCCAAUGAAACAACAAAAUAGUAUUGGCAAUGAAAAUAAUCAUGCUUCAAAUGGAUAUCAUCAUCAUUCUCGUAAUGAUAAUAAUGAUAAUAAUAAUAAUAAUAAUAAUAAUAAUAAUAAUAGUAGUUAUAUUCAUCAAAAAGUUGGUAUUGCAUUAUUAUUAGGUUAUUUAUUCAUGUUAUUAGUUGAUCAAAUGAGUUAUAUAAUAUUGCAAUUGACUUGUUGUCAAACUACGUUAUUUGGAUUAAGAAAAUUAUGUUAUCAUUCUAUGUUGUAUAUACCAUUCAUGAAUAAAUUUAAUAAUAAUACCAAUAUCAAUAAUAUAAACAUAAAUAACUCAAUGAAUACAAUUAAUACAACUUCUAAUAACAUUAUGAAUUGUACUACUAAUAAUACCAGUAAUCUAUCCAAUGAAACAUCAAAUAAUAAUAAUAACGGUUCUAAUUGUUCAUCAAUUAAUUCAAUUCAAUCAACUCAUCAUAAAGGAUUUAUUGUGACAUGUGGCUUAGUGAUACAUUCAUUAGCGGAUGGAUUAGCAAUUGGUUCAGCAUUUGCAUUAAAUCAAUUACAAUUGGAAUUGAUUUUAUUUUUAGCUAUUAUUUUACAUAAAAUACCAGCAGCUUUCGGUUUAUCAUGCUUUCUAUUACAUGAAGGAUUUACACGUGAUCGAAUUCGUUUACACAUGAUUGCUUUCUCACUUUCUUCACCAUUGGCUUCAUUUUUCACAUAUUUCUACCUCUCAUCCUCAACAUCAUCGACUGAUACUGAUAUUGAUACAGCUUCAACAAGAACAGGGAUAGCUCUUUUAUUAUCGGGUGGUACAUUUCUUUAUGUGGCUGCUACACAUAUUCUACCAGAAUUAAUCAAUUCAUCAAAUACUGGUAAUACCAUUGAUUUAAAUAAUACUGUCAAUGAUACUACAAAUCUUAACAAACAAAUAAGAAAUCCCAAUUUAUAUUUAUUUAAUGAAUCAUUAAAUAAUACACGAGGACAUCAUGCAUUGUACACUGUAGAUAAUAGUCAUGAAUCAAUUAUUAUGUAUAGUUAUCCAAAAUCAAAUGAUUAUAUGGAUUCUGUUUCACAUGUUCAUCGUUUAAAUAUAAUUGAAGUGAUUGUAUUAAUUACUGGUACAAUAAUACCAAUUCUAUUCUCUACGAAUCAUUCUCAUUAAUAAUACGAAUGUAUCAUGAUAAUAAUUUUCUAGUUUAUCAAUAAUCAAUUAAUUCAUCUAUUCACAGUUGACUGAUUGAUUCGUUGUUGAGUUAAUUUCUCUUUCUUAUUGAUAGGAAAGAAGAAGAAAAAACACCAUUCUGCAGGGAUUUUUGAAUUUUUAUGAUCCUUUUCCGUAGAUCAUCAUAUCAUUUAUGUAAGUUGUUUGGUUCGGGCCCCCCCAUUUCAAUACUGUGAUAUAAAUAUGUAUGUAAGUACACACACCAAAUUCAUACUGUUCUUAUUUGUCUUCUAAAUUAUUCAGUGAUAUUGUAUUUUGUAUUCUUAUUAGCUUUUUUUCUAAAGAAGUAGUAUAGUCAAUUAAUGUAUAUUAAUAAUUUUGUUUUGUAUAUGGAUAGAUUACAAUCAGCUCUCGUGUUUGUCUAUGGAUUAUUGUAUCUUAUUUCUGAUGCUUCAUUAAGGUUUUUGAAUAUUUCUCAGAUAAUAAUAAUGAUAAAUCUCGAUUAUCUUUACUUGGAAAAAGUGCAUAUUUAAAUUAUUUUGUUGGUCUUAAUGAAAUAGGUUUUAUCUAUUAUUUUAUUUUAACACAUACAUUUUCUACAAGGAGGCACGAAAUAGAUAUGCGCCACACAAAUCUUACUUAAUUUGUGUGAGGGCUGUGAUACUGGGUGCUCAAACCGAAGCAGGUGGUUUUCUUAGGGGACCACACCCCGAGCCUUCAACCUGAACGUCUGAUCCACAAGGCAGUGGAGCGUCGUAAGGAGAUGCGGUCCCAUGGUAGCCGGUGACCAACGAUUGGUUCAUACGCCAUUUGUUCCCGCAGGAUACUGGAUCCCAUGUGCACCAUUGAUUUGGGAUCCGGUUAUAGCGCUGGACAUUCGCUUUUCGUCCUGUCAUUUUCGUAAAGAACACCCCGCCACGAGAAGGCAGUGAGUAGGACUUCCCUGGCA